AUGGCAGCAAGACAAUCAUCAAUGAUGGGCCCAGGUGGAGCAGGUCGCCAAUCGAUGUACCCACAAUCCAACAACCCAGCAAACAUCAUGUUUGGCGGUCCUUCCUCUUCGGCCAAUCAAGCACGACUCAUCUCGAAACAGGCCGAGCUUGAAGGUCUUCGUGCAUUGAAAGAUCAGUCGGCAAAGAUGGUCAAGGAGCUGGAGAGGUUGGCUGAGAAAGUGGAUAUCAUGGCUGAUGGCGGCGAUUCAAUCGCAUCGGUCAUGGGCUCGUGGCAAGGCGUCUUCCGUGCUAUUCAGAUCGCUCGAGCUUCGACACUGUUCAUGAACCCAGGUGGAACAGAGGGCAACAACAGCGCAGACACCUCCGCCGAACAAGAAGAAGACGACGACGACCUGUACAACUACGGCCCUGCACCCACAAGCAAACCUGCACUCAUCGACACAAUGGUCAGAAUCCCUAUCGACCUUGAUGGCGCUAUUGCUCGAUCGAAGGAUGAAAACCCUGCCGAUAGCUCUGCUUCUGUUUCUGCAUCUACUUAG